AAGCCUCUGGUGGAUAAGCCUCGGAUGGAUAAGCCUCUGAUGGAUAAGCCUCUGAUGGAUAAGCCUCGGAGGGAUAAGCCUCUGGUGGAUAAGCCUCGGAGGGAUAAGCCUCUGUUGGAUAAGCCUCGGAUGGAUAAGCCUCAGAGGGAUAAGCCUCUGGUGGAUAAGCCUCGGAGGGAUAAGCCUCUGGUGGAUAAGCCUCGGAGGGAUAAGCCUCUGGUGGAUAAGCCUCGGAUGGAUAAG